AUGGCUAGCGAAAAGCCUAGCAAAUCUGCGCCGCCGUCUUCAAAUUGGCUUGCGCUUCAGAAGAAAAUAGCCAGACCGAAAUCCUCGGAUACAUCACCGAGGACCUCAGUCAGCGCGUUCGUAGCUAGAAAGCGGCGCAAGCUCUCGCACACCCCAGAAACACCCUCUACAUCCACUGAGAUACGCCAGACAACGACCGAGUCUCACACGUUCCCCAGAGGAGCAUCCGCAGAGGCAGAUGUGUUGCUUCAGGACACGGACGAGCUGAAGAAUGGGGAGUCUCUCAUGCAACUGCGUAGGCUGGUCAUUGGCGAGGUCGAGCAUCCUGCGUCUCACCAACGACCUGGGAAGUACCUCGCUCUCGAUUGUGAAAUGGUCGGCGUCGGGAUCGACGGAGCUGAGUCGUCCCUUGCGCGCGUAUCAUUGGUCAAUUACUACGGCUUCGUCCUCCUUGACGCGUUUGUCCAACAACGCGAGCGCGUCGUCGAUUACCGUACCGAAUUCUCUGGCAUACGACCCUCCGACAUGGUGCAUGCCAGACCGUUCGAAGAUGUACAGAAGGAAGUUGCGGACCUACUUCAGGAUCGUAUCCUCGUCGGACAUGCCGUCCACAACGACCUGAAGGCGCUCCUUCUCUCGCAUCCCCGUCCGCACACACGAGAUACCCAAUCGCUGGCCCACAAACACAAGAUAUGGCGCGGCCGACGCCCUGCGCUGCGACAUCUCGCGAAGCAGGAGUUGGGCUUGACGAUCCAGGGUGGGGAGCACUCUUCGGUGACUGACGCGCGGGCCACGAUGGCACUCUUUCGUCUCCACCGAAGGACAUGGGAGAAGAACGUUCGUCCGCUUCCCCUGCCGCAUCACAAGUCGAGUGGAUCUGCAACCCCGGAGCCGUCCGCGUUGCGGAAACGCCCUCGCGCAGAAUCGCUAUCUCAAUCAUCUGAUGAGCCAGGAGAAGAUAGCGAGGGGCGGGAAGGUGCCACCGAUAUCUCAAUCGCGCCCUCACAAGUCGACAAGGGUAAGGCAAAGAAGAAGGGCAAGACAAGGACUGUGAGUGCGGAGUCUUUUCCGGGCGGUGGACGGAAAGGCGUGUCCUCCGGUCUGUCAACUGUGGUCAAGCGCGCCGGUGGUUCCGCCGGUGGCAGGACGAGAGUGAAGACCAAGACGAAGGAGAAGUGGUGGAAAGACCUGGGAGGCGGUACGAGCGGGGAUUCUAAGGGCAGUGUGCGGUUAAAGGUUGGCUGAGCGGUGCGUUCUAUGCUAUGCACACAUACGGAGCAACGAGGCCCACGGUUGCAGUUGGAAUAGCAAGUACGGCUUCUUUGCGACACUAGCGUUAAGAUAUGAGUGCUUUGGUCGCCCAUGUACAGGACUACAUUGGUUAUCUUUGACAUGACGGCGGUGAUUGCCUAGCACCUGACGCACCCGUGUCAGCUUCCACUGUGGAUGAUACGUUUGUGCUGCCAGGAGGUCUGAGUCCUACCUACGUGGUAAUAUGCGCAAUCGGCUUGUAACAAUACCUGCCCCCAAAC